AUGUGUUUCAAAAUUUGGAUGUGCCUGAUGAUCAAGGACAGUUAUUCAUUCAAGAAGUGGCCGGUUGAAUACUGUUGGGAUGAGACCAGCAGAAGUACCAGCAGUGAGGACAGCAACAGGAGUCAUGAGAGCCACCUGUCAGGCAUGACCACAGCUGUCCAGGACAGAAAGGCCAAGAAGGCCAAAAUUAGUAUCCUCCGCCGAAUGAAGCAUGGGUCCAACAGCUGGAUCAGGUACACCUUGGCUCACACGGUUGGCCGCUGGCUCCUUUACCCUGGCUCUGUGUAUCUCUUGAACAAAGUCCCGCUGACUCUGCUGGUGAAUGGGAGGACACGCCUAAUGGAGAAUUUUCAUGGGAAACGGGCCAAACUGGUUGCUCGCGAUGGGAAUGAGAUUGACACAAUGUUUGUGGACAGGAGAGGGAAGAGGUUUGGGAAGCAGCUGGUGAUAAGCUGUGAAGGGAAUGGCAGUUUUUACGAAGUGGGCUGCUUCAUCACCCCGUUGAAGGCCGGGUAUUCUGUCCUGGGAUGGAACCACCCUGGUUUUGCCAGGAGCUCAGGGAAGCCCUAUCCACAGAAUGACAUCAAUGCCAUGGACGUGGUCAUCCGGUACGCCAUGCACCGUCUGAAUUUCAGCCUGGAGGAUAUUGCCAUCUAUGGCUAUUCCUUAGGCAGCUAUACUGCUACGUGGGCUGCCAUGGCUUAUCCAGAAUUGGGAGCACUGGUCCUCGAUGCCUCCUUUGACAGCUUGCUCCCUCUGGCUGCCAAGGUUGUGGCUAAGAAGUUGAGGAAGCUGGUGCUCCAGACCAUCAGAGAGCACUUCAACCUCAAUGUGGCUGAUAUGCUGUGCCAUUAUCAAGGGCCAGUGCUGCUCAUUAGGAGGACCUUGGAUGAAAUCACCAGCACCCACUUCCAUCUGGAGAACCACCUCCCCAUGGUCCAGACAAACAGAGCCAAUGAGCUGCUCCUGCAGAUCUUAAGGUGCCGUUACCCUGACAUCAUCUCCGGAGUGGAGGAAGUGGUCUGCCAGUUGCUCACUGCUGACUGCCCUCAAGUAGAAAGCUUCAUCUAUCAUCAUUUCUAUAGGGUUGAUGACAAAUGGUGCCUCCAUCAACUGAAGAGCUACCAAUCCAGCCUUGGACAGAAGACUGAAUUCCCAUGGAAAGUUGGGAGUGACUUAUCUUCUGCAAGGAAGAAACAUAUGGCUUUGUUCUUGGCCAAGAAGCACCUGAAGAACGUGGAGACCACACACGGAAGAACUUUACCACCAGAAGAAUUUGAGCUGCCCUGGAAGCUCUAG